CCAAUCAGAAUCACUUCCUGUCAGGAUCGGAUGGAUUAUCAUGUUCAUUCUGAAGAGAAAAAGAUCUGCUCUGAUUCUUGAGCUAUAAUUCAUAUCUGUGAUGUAAUAUUAGCGUUAUGACAUCAUAUUCAGACUGACACGAGCGGUUCGUCAAACUACUGAAGGAUUUCCGUAGCGUCGCCGCGAGCACUAUUAUAAACAUUAUAGCGACAUUCGGCGAUUAUUUCUUACUGCAGCAUCAUGAUUAUGAUGAUUAUGAUGAUAAUGAUGAUAAUGAGUGAAGUUGAGGCGGUUCUGUGAACAAACGCGUUUGAUAUGAUGGACAGCGCGUGACCGCACACUGAGCUAAAGCUAACGCUAAUGCUAACGCUCGCGCUCCUCAGUGUCCGAAUAAAGAGUUAAUCCGCUGAAGACUGACCGGUGGAUGUGACACACACACUCCAGCUGACCAUCGGGUCGCUGACGCUCGAGCGGUCGGUGUGUGACGCGAUGAGCCCUCAGAAGAAGAUGAAGAAGAGGAAGGAGCUGAACGCGCUGAUCGGCCUGAGCGACAGCAGCAGGAGGAAGAGCAAACACCGGCUGCUGCGGACCGAGCCGCCCGAGAGCGAGUCCGAGUCCGGGUCCGAGGAGCAGGAGUUCAGCGGCGGCCGCACCGGCCUGUUCGGGAAGAGCUCAGUGCAGUGCUGCUCGCUCUGUUACCCGCUGUGUGUCUUCAUCCUGCUGGCCGCGUGCGUCAUGGCCUGCGCCGGACUCAUCUGGAUGCAGAUCGCCCUCAAAGAGGACCUGGACUCCAUGAAGGAGAAGAUCCGCACCAUGGAGAGCAGCCAGAAGCUGUCGUCACACGAGAUCCUGAAGCUCAGCGAGGAGCUGAAGGCCAAACAGAUGAAGCUGGACGACAUGGAGAGCGGAGAGCGAGGCCUGACCCGACUCUGGUCCAACCUGACGGAGGUCAAUCAGAAGCUCAGCGCUCUGGAUUCAGCUGUCAAUCAUCUGAAGGCCAACAUCAAAUCCGCGUCGGACCUCAUCGCUCUUCCCAGGAGUGUGGAGGAGCUGCAGAAGAGCGUGGCCUCCAUCGGCAGCACCGUCACCAGCCUCCAGCACGACGUCACCUUGAUACAGGCUGUGGUGGAAGAGCGAAGAACAGGAGCAGAUCAGCUGAAGGACAGCACGAGCGGAGUGAAACCAGUGAACGACAGCAGCUGGGCAGCACUUAAACAGGAUGUGCAGGAUCUUCAGGACGGGGUGAGCGAGGUGAACGGCUCUCUGCUGCUCCAUCAGUCCUGGUGCCGCGAGCAGAUCCAGAGCGUCCACUUCAUGCUGUCCAACCUGAGCCGCUGGGUGUCUGUGCUGGAGCGGAGCGAGUCAGGUGACACGUGGACGGCUCCAGGCCGCUCAUCAGCUCCAGACGGACGCAGGUUCCCCCCCGCCCCGCCGCCCCAGGGCCGCGUCCCGCAGACGCUUCAGAAGAGGACCGCCGCCCUCCAGCAGGACCGAGUCUGUGACAGAUGUGGAGCGGCUGCUGCGGGACCGUCCGGCUCCAGGACCUGCAGGAGGCGUUCGGGUCGGACCGGGACCAGACGGACCCGCCGGAGGAGCCGCUGAUCCACCGCGACUGACCUCAGACUCGCUCCGAGUGUUUGGUUUCUGUGAAGCAGCUGGAAAUCCUUCAUGUGACGGACAGGAUUGAUCAGCUGACUCAUCUCAGAUUAGAGUGAAUCUCAGUCCUGCCGGGAUCAGAUCCAGUGUGUCCGGAGCAUGAACGUGUUCUUCACUGUAUUUGAUCCCUGAAUCUGCCCAAAAUCAAACAUGCUAGUUUUCGUUGUACUGCUGAUUUGAAGUCUUUGUUUUCCGGUGUAACGCAGUAAAUUAUUACAGUCGUGAUGAAAACGACCGCAGACGCCCGUCAGAAGAUCUGAUGAAUUCACUCUCGGUCACAUGUUUAUUUCCUCCGACAAACUCCCGUGACUUCUGCUGAACCUGGACGUGAUUUACUGAGAUUCACUCAUAUAUUUACACAAGUGUCUGUCUCUGUAUGAACUGAGGGCAAUGAAGAGUUUAAACUGUCAGAUUAGCAAUAAUAUGAUUGCUUUAGUGGAUGUAAUCAGAUAUUUAUGAUAAUAUAAUCCAUGCACUCAGCUACUUGUUUGAUCAGAUGUAGGUUUUAAUUUAAAGUAUGUUCAGCACAAUAGUGUGUGUGCGAGUGUGUGUGUGUGUGAUGGUGUGUGUGUGUGUGUGUGUGUGUGUCUGCAGACUGAAGGCCUCGCAGGCGCUGCUCUAGUUUUGUUCUCCAGUUGCUUGAAAAUAAAGUCUCUCAGACUCUGCUGUCGCUUUAUAAAAGGUGUAAAUAUUGUAGAAUUGGACAUUUCUAUGUCAGAAACUAAUUUUAAGCAGUAGGAAGAUGAUGAUGAUGAUGAUGAAGAUGAAAUGGCAUCUGGUGAGUUUGCACUGCAUGUUCUCUUUAACGUAACAUGAAUAAAAGCUGAUUUUAUUGAA